UACUAUCCAGCUUGAAGACAACGCCUGUAAAAAGAAAAAAAUCUAAGAGGAAGCGUAUAAGCGACGUGAGAAAUCAGGAAAUCAUUACCUACAUAAACUGAAACCUAAAGCUUUUAUAAUUUCAGUUUCUCAAAAUCGAAAUCGUUUGCUUCAUUUGAAGAUCAAGAAUGAAGAUUGGUGUUUCUGAGCCAGAGCGAUGCGGUUGCGACACGUGUGUCCAGCAUCGCACUUUCAUUACUCAAGAAACCGAACCGAGCAAAGUGAAUGGCUUAUCGGUUCUUGUUAGUUCCGGACUAUUUGAAGCUCUUGGUUCCACCUCAGAUCAGAGUUCCGGAACAGAGACUCCACCACUCGCUCCUCCUCCUCCUGAACUAGCGCAGUCUGUUGAUGAUGCUCAUGCCGAUGCAUCCUCGAAAUCAUCUCCAGUUCAAACCAUAUUCAGUUUCCCUCCUGUUGUUAGUUCCCAACCAGCGCGAGAUCUUGUUCCCACCGGUUCAUUGCCAGGUCCUUUUAUUGGUUUUCCAUCUCCCUUUCCUGCUUCCGGACCAUCUAUAUCCUCCUCGUCAAGCCAAGCUUCUGUCACCAACCUUGUCGGUUCUAGACUAUCUAGAUGGGAACCACCAGUGCAAGCUCCUCCUUUUAGUUCAACCGCUUCCACUUCCUCAACUUUAGCUUCAUUAGUUACUCCCUGGGGAUCAGUGCAAGCUCCUGUCCAAGCUAGUGCACCCAACACUGCUUCUGCUUUUCCUCCACCGUUUAGCUACCCUGGUGGUGGUGGUGGUUUAGCCAGACCUGGUCUCUCUCAAAUCGUUUCUUCACCGUUUGGACCAACACAUAACUUUGGAGUUUGCGCUUCAAGGACUACCCCAAAAGAUCCAUUCCCAGGAUUUAGUGUUGAUUACUUGCCCAGAGGUCCCUUUGGACCAAACCCACAAACUACUACACUACUGUCUGAUGGUGGAACUGAACAAGGUAGUAAGUAUCCUCGUUAUGCACCUACACCAGAUUUUGACUCUUCUGGAGGUCCAGCCAAGCUGGUGAUGUCCAUAUCUGCUUCUGACUCCCAUGGACAUAAAAGUCAUGAAGAGUUGAGGUGGGAAGAUUACAAAAACGGAGACAAAAAAGGUACGGUUGGGUCGUUUCCUCCUCGUGCUCACAAACCUCGUAAAGAAUCGAGGUGGAAAGAUUACAGAAAUGGAGACAAAGGUGGGUUUGAUCAUUCACCGUCGCUAUUUGCUCCUCCAAGCAUACCUCAUCGACGUCCUCAGAUGAGAACUAUUGUUCAACCGCACGGAGACAUGAGUAGUUUUCCUUUUGGCUACAACACCCCUACUGCUUUCCAGAGCCCACGUGAACUCGUUGGUGUUUCUUCCCCAGUAUCUGGAUGCACAGCGUGUGGAGCCACGAGUAGCUCCUCUCCUUCUAGUCACUUGGGCCUUAAUGUUGCUACAAAUCCUCCAUCAGCCGCGACAUCUCUUCCCGGGUUGUUCUUUUCCACCUAUGGUUCUUUUCCUUUGCUGUUUGCAACACCAAAUCUUUCAGCUUAUGGUACAACAGCAACUCCACCAGUCCCAGCCUAUGCUAUUAUGUUUGGAGCACCAAAUUUUACUUCUCAAGGUACAACAGCAACUCCAUCAGUACAAGCCUAUCCUACCAUGUUUGGAACACCAAAUCUUGCUGCUCAAGGUACGACAGCAGCUCAGCCUUAUCUUACUAUGUUUGGAACACCAAGUCUUGCUGCUCAAGGUACGACAGCAGCUCAGUCUUAUCUUACUAUGUUUGGAACACCAAGUCUUGCUGCUCAAGCUACUACAACAACUCCAGCAGCUCAGCCCUAUCCUACGAUGUUUGGAACACCAAGUCUUGCUGCUCAAGGUACAACAACAACUCCAGCAGUUCAGCCCUAUCCUAUUAUUAUGUUUGGAACACCGAAUCUUGGAGCUCAAGGUAUAACUCCAGCAGCUCAAGCCUGUCCCGUUCAUGGUUUGACUCUUCUCCCAUUCGGCGCCAUGAGUCUGCAGUAAUCGCUCAUCGCUCUGCAUCGAAGUUGUGUCUUUUAUCUUUUAGUUCUUAGGUCUUUGUUUUGCUUAAGAGUCACAAAUCAAGUGUCGUCCAACUUUAUGAUUUUUUUUUUCCAAUUAAAGAUUCAGCUAAUCAUGGAUGUAAACAAGUCUCUUAAAAACAUCAUUAUUUUGAGUUUAUCAAUAAAAGCUCCUUUUCCUUCUAA